AUGGCUGUGGAAAGCAUAGCUCAGAGGACGAUUCAGUCUCUAUAUCAUCAUCUUUCACCACAAGCUUAUGAUGCGAUCUCCCUUUUUCACCCGACUAUACUGAGAGCAGAGCAAUUAAGCCUUAAAGAUGGUAGAGAAGCUGUGAUAAUCGGUGGUAUGGUGUUGGACAUUCAUGCCCUACCCCUCUCUCCUCCUGCUCCUGGAACCUUAAUCCCUAGCAAAGACACAAUUGUUUUGUCUACCACCGAAGCAGAGUACAUGGCAACGAUGAAAGAGGCAAAGGAAGCUCUUUGGUUGAAACAUGUGGUUACAGAACUUGGGAUGAAGCAAGAGGGAGCAUCUGUUAUCUUUUGUGAUAACCAAAGUGCAAUCCAAUUGACCAAGAAUGUAAUGUAUCACAAGAGAACAAAACAUAUCGACAUCCGGUAUCACUUUGUGUGUGAAGAGGUUGCUAAGGGGAAACGCUUAUUGGAGCAUUGGAGAUCUACUGGGUGUCCUAUUGAAGGUAUCCUUCAAACCCAAGAUAUUACAACUGCUGUGGUCUGCUGUGUACUUGAUCCAAAUGGUGAGGCUGCCGGUGUUGCAAGCUUUGAGUCAAUUGAGAAAUUUCUCACUGCUGAGUGGAUUCAACAAUUUAGAUACAAGAUAUCUUCUGCUCCAGUAGUCAUGGUUGAUGCUAACCUGAACGAUUGUGCUCUUGAAGCUUCUUGUCAGUUGGCUGCAGGAGAUAACAUUCCUCUGUGGUUUGAACCAGUAUCAGUUGCCAAAUCCAAAAAAAUUGCUCCUCUUGUGAAGUAUGUAACUUAUGUAUCUCCAAAUGAAGAUGAGCUCUUUGCAACGGCAGAUGCACUAUUUCCUGGAAAGUUAUAUUGUUCGAGCGAAAGUUAUAAGAGCGAAAAGAACUGUCCUCCAGAAUCGCUCAUCAAAAUGCUAAAACCCGCAAUAAUUCUUUUGCUCGAGAAGGGCGUAAAAAUUGUAGUUGUAACCAUAGGCGCACAAGGAGUAUUUCUAUGCUCUAAAGAGGGGUCUAUUUUGACGAGAACUGUUGUGGAGAAACCCACACUUGGUGUAAGUUCAGAACUGCACAGACUGAUCUCACCUAAUUGCCUUCUACAUAAGUUUCAAGAUGCCAGACAGAUCGAGGGAACCUCUCAUCUCUUUGCUUUGCAUCUUCCUGGCCUUCCUACAUCUGUUAAGAAGCUUACUGGGGCUGGCGAUUGUUUGAACAUUAUACAAGCCAUCUCAGUGGGUAUUGCAGCAGCAAAAGCCACUGUCAAGGCAGAUUCGAACGUACCCUUGACGUUUGAUCUAAUUGGAGUUGCAGAUGAUGCUCGGUUGGUUUACUCGGCUGCGAAGGUUGUUUAUGAUGGACCACUGUGAACUGCUGCCAGCUUCAAGAUGAUGACAAUCGUCAAGUAACUGGUGCAGAAUUGGACUCAAGACUGCUCUGUCGUUUGACUUCUUUUGCUUUUGGACUUUCGUUUGGUACAUUGGUGGUGUAGAAUAUAUACUCUACGAGUAGAGUUGAGAUACUGACACAUGUACAGUGUUCAGUUUCUGUUACUGCAUCAGUUCCAUUAGUAGAUGAAUCCUUCCAAUCAAGAUGUGUCUAUAAAACAUUUUACAGUUCCAAUAAAUUCUCUACUCAUUUGAAUUUCUUCUUCCAGCAGGACAAAUGCCUUGAUUGAGUACCAUUUAGUUGAGAACCGGGGUCUCAGAGUUAUCUGUAUGUUUCAUCCAGUGUGAUGUUUUGGUUGCUAUGGCA